CGUCUACUUAAAACUGAAAAGACAAUUUUGUCGUCUACUUAAAACUGAAAAGACAAUUUUGUCGUCUACUUAAAACUGAAAAGACAAUUUUGUCGUCUACUUAAAACCGAAAAGACAAUUUUGUCGUCUACUUAAAUCUAAAAAGACAAUUUUGUCAUCUACUUAAAACUGAAAAGACAAUUUUGUCAUCUACUUAAAACUGAAAAGACAAUUUUGUCGUCUACUUAAAACUGAAAAGACAAUUUUGUCGUAUUCAAAUCAACUGUAUUUCUUCAGCUUCAUCAACUAUCAGAUCACGAGUUACGGGAAUAAACGUCAACCGCAAACAUGAAAAGUAAACACUCCUCUUUACACUUGAUUACAUGCAAAUAUUACCUACAAUAUAACAAAACAUACCUUGUGAUACAACUGCAUAUCCCAUGCUACCACAAAUGACAAAAUAAAAGCUGCCAUCCUAUAAAAUUAAUGUCAAAUAACAACACCACGUGACUCCUUGUUGACAUCCAUCGCCGACCACGCUCUUCCUAAGUAAAAUAACAAAAUAUCGACAUGAAAUAAGAGAAAAAAAUAAUAAAAUAUCAUCAGUCCAUGCAAACUAAUGAUACACAUACUCACACACAACUUGCACCGCUGUCUGCAAAAGUGCUUAUGUAUCACUGCGCCUAAUUUAUCGAUCGUUGGAAAAGCAAUAUAUCCAGAAAUUUAUAACACCUGCGACAUGACGAAGCUGCUCUGGCGUGCAAUCGCCGGCGGGAUUCUGGCCAAUUGACAAGCAUUUCCGCGAUGCCCAAGCCAGGCGCCUUGCCAGUGGCACUCUGCGUCGGCCUCGCCUUCAUCCUGAGCCUCUUUUACCAAUAUGGAUAUCCUGAAACGAAUAUAACUUACGACAUGCUCGAAAGGCACAAAAUGAUGCAGGAAAGUACAGAGGAGCGCUUCCUGAGGCGUCGCCAGAGGGUGCGCGAGACCUGCCAGGCUGGAAAGAACAAGGAAGACGUAUCCUUUUCCAUCAAAACACGUAUUUAUCAAUUCUGGAAUUAUAACGCCAGCAUUUGCACCAUGGGAAAGGUUGGCUCGGAAACCUGGCGUUCCCAUGCGCGAAGAGUGAACGAGAUACAAGGGCACCCGAUGCACGACGUCAGACACCGUGCCCUCUUCAAGAAGCCGUGGCAAGAGAUCGUUAACUACAGUAAAUCCGUGUCAAGGUGGAUUACAGUCAGGUAUGCUUGGUGGAUUUGGAACGUUUUCCAUGUACUGCAGACGCUUCACAGCAAUGAGUUUGGCGACUGUAAAAAUCUCACACGACCGUUACUCAGCUGUUCCUAG